CCCACCCCACCCCACACCACACGACCUAAGCGCACGCAGCAAGCGCCACACAUCCUGCCCGGCCGGCUAGCCAGGACACUCCAUCGUCUUCUCCGCAGCAAGCAGAGCCCAGGCAGAUGAAGCGCGUGGUGGGGAGCCCGGGGACAUGGAGCGGCAUGGCGCUGCGGCUGUCGCAGUGCGUCUUCGCCGCCGCCUCCAACUUCGCGUUGCACUCCGCCUUCGGCUACUCCGACUACAGCGCCUUCUUCUACUUGAAUGUAGUGUUGAUCCUGCAGCUUAUGUGGAGUUUGGGCCUUGCUUGUAAGGAUAUCUUUGCUCUAAGGAACAAAAAGGAUCUUCACACCGAGGAUAAUCUAUCUUUCGUUGUUACGACUGACUUUGUCGUGGCGAUUUUCACGUUCUCAGGAGCCUGUGCCUCCGCGAGCGUGGCAAUUUUCUUCAUGUGGGAUGUGCACUUCUGCGGGGUAUACUCGCAGCUCGCCUGCCGGCAGUUCGCGCUUUCGGCCAUCCUGGCGUUCAUCACAUGGUUGUUGCAGGCUGCAUCCUCUUUCUCCGGGUUCUGGCUACUGGUUUCGUUCUUCUAGUGAUCUCAUGCGCUCAUAAUUGCCGUCACGUCAUCCUAAUUGUCAGUCAGGACUCAGGAGGUUAAACCGGUUGAUAUGUGCGGUUGAUAUGUGCUCGGGACAGUUAUUAGAUUUCAGUUAUUGGCACGCAUCCUUCAUCACUUGUUAGAUAGAUGGAUUGUCCAUCUGAUAGUCGCUCAUCUUUAUUCUAGGACUUGGUUAUGACUUAUGAGCGCCUUGCGGUGGUAAAGUCACCGUUAAGGUGAUGUGGAAUCAUUGAUAUGAAGAGUAAUAUAUGGACAUAUGUCAUGAUCGAA